UAUUAAUCUACCCCCUUCCUUCCAAUCCUAACUAAUCAAUCCCCCAAACCAAAAACCCACGUCAUCGCCCGCACAGCAGCAGCAGCAGCAGCAGCAGCACGCAUGUCGUCCUCCUCCAGCUCGAGAUCUGGAUCUCGACCACCCCCCACAACCAGCAGCACCAGCACCAACGCAACUACCCCCUCCUCCAUCCAACAAUCCGCCGCCUCCUACUUCUCCUACCCAGUAACCCACGUCGUCUCCGGUCUCUAUCGCCGCCUCACCGACCCCCCCUCCACCAACACCACCAACAACAUGCGCCGCAAAACCACCACCAAUGACCCCUCCAACCCCGUCUUCACCCCCAUCCGCACCGCCUCCCCCUUCCAACCUCCCCCUCUAACCCCCCUCACGCUCUCCGACCCCUCUCCGCUCCUCACCCGCUCCCUCGCCGAAGAAAUCCGCCUUCUAGUCCCCCCGCGCCUCCAACUCUGCAACACCUGGCACCUAGCCUACAGUCUCGACCGCGACGGCGCCUCCCUCUCCACCUUAUACGACAACUGCCGCGACAUCGCCUCGACCCGCAGCCCCCGCGCCGGCUACGUCCUCGUCAUCAGGGAUGCGUCCCCCUCCUCGAACGCCGUCUUCGGCGCCUACAUGACUGACCCCCCGCACCCGGACUCGCAUUACUACGGCACCGGGGAGUGUUUCCUCUGGAGGGCGAGCGUGUUACCUCCUGCUACGGCUAUGUUGAGCAAUUUCACUAAUGGGGAUACCGCUGGUGAAGAAGGAAGUGGGGUACAGGCCGAAGUGCUCGAGAAAGCCGGGUUACCGUUGCCUCCGAGCGCGGACACAACGAAUGCGGGACGGUCGACGACGCUGCGUCGGGGGGACGGGGAGAAGUGGCUUUCUCCUACUUCUGCCUCUGGAGCUGCUGGAAAUGGUGGUGCAAGUAGUGGAAGAACGAGUGGGACUGUCACGCCUGAGCAAAUUCGCUUCAAGGCGUUUCCGUAUUCCGGGGUUAAUGAUUACAUGAUGUUUUGUGAGACGGGGUUUUUGAGUUUGGGUGGGGGUGACGGACAUUAUGGUUUAUGGGUUGACUCGAGUCUCGAAAAGGGUGUUAGUGCGUCGUGCCAGACUUUCGGGAAUGAGCCGCUCUCCGAUGAGGGCGUCAAGUUUGAUAUUAUUGAUGUGGAGGUGUGGUAUGUUGGGUCUUGAGUGGGGAAGUACUGCUUGCUAUAUUGCCAAUGUUAAUUUGGCUGUAAUGGAUUGAGUGAGUGGGAUGCGUGACUAUCAUCUGCUGGCAGAAUGGUCCAUAAUCAUGGGUUGGUUGGAUGGUGGUGGUGUUUUGGGACUGGAUGUGCAAUUGCUGGCUUGAUUUGCCUACGUUGAGCUAGCUACUAGGGGAUUGAGGCAGCGCCGCAACAGGUACGGGAUACCUGUCGACGAGAAGCGCAACUAUAUACUACAUGGCCAUCGGCCCAGAAUGUCAUCCAUUAACC